UGGUCGCCUAGGAAAACAGUCAGAGAGAAAACAGCUGAGAGUAAACACUGCCAAGAAGCUCCUCCUCCUGACGGGAAAUCAUGGCAAAUAUCGCCAUACAGAGAAUCAAGAGGGAGUUUAAGGAAGUUAUAAAAAGCGACGAAGCACAAAAGUGCGCCAUCAAUGUAGAAUUAGUUGGGGAUGAUUACCGAGAACUCAAAGGCGAAAUAGCAGGGCCCCCAGACACACCUUAUGAGGGAGCAACAUUUCACCUUGAAAUCAAAGUUCCAGAAACAUAUCCUUUUAAUCCUCCAAAGGUAAAGUUUGUCACAAAAAUCUGGCAUCCCAACAUUUCCUCAGUAACAGGGGCUAUUUGUCUUGACAUCCUUAAGGACCAGUGGGCAGCAGCAAUGACUCUACGGACAGUCCUACUCUCCUUGCAAGCAUUACUAGCCGCUGCAGAGCCAGAUGAUCCUCAGGAUGCUGUUGUGGCGAGACAAUUUAAAGAGAAUCACCCACUUUUUCUUCAAACAGCUCAGUAUUGGUCACAUGUUCAUGCAGGAGCUCCCAGAGGAAACAGCGACUUCGCCAACAAGGUUCGAUGUUUGAUGGACUUGGGAGUAGGGGAGCAGCAGGCCCUUGUUGCAUUAUCAUCGUGCAACUGGGACAUGGAUCGGGCAAUCGAACAACUCUUCUCGUAGAUGCGUGUGGUUGGGGAUGCAUAGGUAAAGUAAAGUAAAGUAAAGUAAAGUAAAGUAUUAAAAAAAAAAUAAUAAUAAAAAAAAAAUAAUAAAUACAAAAAUAAAAAAUAAAAAAGAAAUGGGGAUUUGCACUUCAUCAUUUCAUUGGUAAUAAUAUCUUUUGAAGUCUGGUUGCUUGCAAGACAUUGCUCUGGUGUUCUUAUGGAUGAAGAUAUUGCAGCACAAUGAGUUAAGCUUGAUUUUCUAGCCCUGGGCUUAGUCCUAUUUCAGAAUGUGGUUACUCAUAUGAUGAUUUUAACAAAUUUGAAUGUGAACUUGGGCUAUGUGAAUAUGAACUCUGUAGGGCUGUGAAAUAAGUAUUUGUCCUGUGUUAUGCAUGACUCAUUUUGGAAUUAGUGGCAUACUUCUCCUAAUUUCUUAUGUAGGAUGGCAAUAAAAGUUGAGAGACUCUGCUAACAGGAAUAAAACAUCUUGUAAACCACUAGUUUAAGUAAAACUCAUUGCUUUGAUUACCUUGCUAAUGAAAUAAACAUUAUAAACUGUGCUUUAUGUGAUUUGGUUAGGCAAGAUUUGGCAAUUUUUUUUCAUACAUCUGUUAUUGUUCUUUCUCUGUUUGAAAUUGUAACACCCAGUAUGAUCUCUUUUUUGGUCUUUUUUUGGUAUUGAAAGUGGCAGGGGUAAUUGUUUAACAAUACAAGAUUGUGAAGAGAUAUUGCAAUUGUCUCCAAUAAAAUUCCUGUUUAAACAGUAGUUUAGUAAAAUGGUAAUUAUUUAUGUUCAUAUUCUCUGGCACUAUUCUUGCUGAAAGUCUGGGAAUUCUUGUAGCAUACCCACAAGAUUUUUUCUCCCCUUUUACUUUGUUUUAAGGGUCUUGGUCCUAUGAACUAAUUAUCAUAAAGUGAUAAUGAUCUGUCUAAAUACAUUGCCUUAAUUGUAGGAUCAUUGAUGAGGUUAGUCAUAUUUGUUUCUUGAAUCAUACGCAACAGUUGCAGCAGUCUGUCCAAAAGUUUUGGGAUAGUAAUUAUCUCUUCAAUUUUCAUUAAUAUUGUUUUUUUCUCCACCUCAUUUUGUUGACAGAUCUUAGUGUUUGUUUUUAGACUUAUUGCCACUUAAAAGAAGAGAUCACAACAUUGGAAACAUGAUACAGAGAUGAUACUUUACCAGUAAGGACCAUGGAUCAUAAGAUGUAACAUCAUUCUUUGACAUUGUACCAGAGUAGAGAGAGAUAUACAGUCCUUGUAUAGUGUGCCAUUCUUCAUUUGCUCCAGCUCUCCUUGUAAUUACCAAAUAAGAAAUGUCUCAGUGCUAUUAAUGAAUAAUUGUCUCCUUUUAUUAUAUGUAGAAUACAAGUGUUAUUGUCAUAA